AUGCCUUCCAUUGGCAUGGCAAUUCAACUGGCGACCGUUGGCAGAGUGUUGGCAGAAGGACAAUUCCAUCUCAGAAAAUCGAAAUCAAAUAGCGCCGAAGUCUUGGCACACCUUCUUGGCGAUGCUCAUCCAUGUCGGCUCAAUCCACAUUUGGCAGAAACCACUGUUCUUGCCUUACAUUGGGAUCCACUUCUCGAUGAACUCUUCUACAAGGUCAACUCCUAUGAUACUCAGCAUCUCACUAAAUGGCAAGUGCUUAGCGAUGCUGGAAAAUUAUAUGAUCAAAUUGGCAUGUUAGCACCAAUCAUUAUCACGGCUUGUAGAGAUGGAAAUUUUGUACAAAUUUCCAACCUCCAUACUAUGACUUGA